CCAAAGUACUAGUCUAAAACUAGAAAACCCAAAUAUAUAGAGAGAGAUAUUCAUAUUAUUAUAUGAUCAUUAAUGGGUACUAAUACUAAGAAUAUUAUUAUUAAAAACCAAAGCCAAAUAGUGUCAUCACCUUCUAAAUCUCUUUCUCCAACAUUAGGCAUAAUAAGAAAUAGCUUUCAUUCUCUCCUUGCUAUUCUAAUAACAAUCUUAGUUAUUUCAAUUGUUUACCUUACCCAAAAUGGUGACCAAGUCUUGGAAGAAUGUGCCAAAACUAGUAACAAAAAUAACUCCAAAUUACAUACAAUUAAACCCUCAUUGUUGUUGUCAUCCCUUGGAUCAACCGAGUCAUCAACCGAGUCAACCGAGUCGAAUUCGAGUUGUGAUUUGUUCUCUGGUAAGUGGGUUAGGGACAAUGAGUCUUACCCUCUUUACAAUGAGAAAAAGUGUUCUUUUAUGUCUGAUCAAUUGGCUUGUGAGAAAUUUGGUAGAAAAGAUUUGAGCUUUCAGAAUUGGAGAUGGCAACCUCACCAUUGUGACAUUCCAAGGUUCAAUGCCACAAUACUACUUGAAAGAUUAAGAAAUAAGAGACUUGUAUUUGUGGGAGACUCACUAAAUAGAGGGAUGUGGGUUUCCAUGGUUUGCUUGAUUGACUCAGCUAUUCUUCCAUCUUUCAAAACCAUUCAUGCAAAUGGCUCCUUAAACAUUUUUAAGGCCACUGAAUACAAUGCAACAAUAGAGUUUUAUUGGGCACCAUUGUUGGUGGAAUCCAACUCGGAUGACCCAGUGAGUCACCGAGUUGAAGAUAGAAUAGUAAGAGUCCAAGCAAUAGAAAAUCAUGCCAAAUUUUGGACCAAUGCAGACAUUCUUAUUUUUAAUUCAUAUCUUUGGUGGAGAAGACCCAAAAUGAAAGUUUAGUGGGGAUCUUUUGAGAGAUCAUCAUAUGGUGUUUAUAAAGAUGUUAAUAUGUUAAGAGUUUAUGAGAUGGCUUUGAAGACAUGGUCAGAUUGGUUGGAACUUCAUGUUAAUCCAAACAACACCAAAUUGUUCUUUGUUAGUAUGUCACCAAUUCAUGAAAGGGCUCAAGAAUGGGGUGGAGUUGAAGGCCAAAAUUGCUAUGGAGAAACUGAGCAAAUUUUUGAAGAGGGGUAUAGGGGAAGUGGGACAGAUCCCAAAAUGAUGAGAGUGGUAGAAAACACACUUGAUGACUUAAAAAAAAGAGGUUUAAAUGUUCGAAUGCUUAACAUUACUCAACUCUCCGACUAUAGAAAAGAAGCUCAUCCCUCUAUUUAUAGAAAACAAUGGGAACCUUUAACUGAAAAGCUAAAAGCAAACCCUAGCAGCUAUGCUGAUUGUGAUCAUUGGUGUCUUCCCGGUGUUCCUGAUGUUUGGAAUGAGCUUCUCUAUGCUUAUAUUUUACGCCAAUGACAAAAAACCUAAAAGUACUCGAUGAUCGAAUUUAGACUUGGAUAAGUGACUUUCUCUAUACCUUUUAAUCUUAAAUUCGAUUUAGAUAAGCGAAUUUUCUUAUAAUAUUUCUCUGUACUUACAAAUGAUGAAAAAUAAUGAAAUGAAAGAAAUUAAUUGUCUA